ACUCUCCAUAGGCAGCUCUGCAGGGAAGUCUGUGACAACCUGGACAGACUUAGGGCUCACGAUCUGGUCAGAGUCAUGGCACCCCAGACUCUGCUGCCUGUCCUGGUUCUCUGUGUGCUGCUGCUGCAGGCCCAGGGAGGAUACCAUGACAAGAAGAGGAUGCAGAAAACACAGCUAUCCCCAGAAAUCAAAGUCUGCCAGCAGCAGCCUAAACCAUAUCUAUGCAAACACUUAUGUGAAUCUCACCGAGACUGUCAAGCAAAUAACAUAUGCUGUUCUACCUACUGUGGGAAUGUUUGCAUGAGCAUCCUGUGAGUGGGAGAGUGGGCUGAGAUGUGCAUCCUGCUUCCCAACUCCUCUAUCCAAGACUGUGCCCACAUCCGAAGCACAAGGACCUCAAGUCACCAGCAUAAGAACAGCAACAGGAAUGCCGCCCUCUCUACUGUCUGAACCCCUUGUCCCUGUCAAAUAAACCAGAACAAAUGCCCAGGGA